AUGCAAUUCACCAUCGCUACCAUCUCCGCCCUUUUCGCGGCUACGUCCUGCGCUCUUCCCGCCGCCCAAGGCGCAACAGCAACUGUUUCCUUCAUCAACGAUCAGACUGGUGCCCACGCUCCCGUCGUCGCACCUCUCGACGGCACUGUCAUCAAUCUCUACAACGUUCUGAUCGGCACCCCUGUCGGCGUCCCCAACCAAGUCAUUGCCUCCAGCGCUCAGCUGAUCGACUACCCGCAAAACGUCGACUGCACCAUCAAUGGCAUAAAUGGCGGCCAGCUUGGUCAGCUGAACGCCCGCCAGACAUACGUUCUCCUCAAGAGCGGCGGCAUCAACUUGGAUGGUGCGACGAUGAUGUGCACUCCUCUGCUCCUUUAG